UUGCAUAGGUUUUACCACACAAUCUUUGUUUUAUUUGUAUGUUAUUAGUUCAAAGAAUUGGUGAGAGGCUACCAUGCGGAGGCGGAGUGGGCAGAUAAAUGCCAUGUCCCAACAUUCGAUGAGUAUGUGCGCAAUGGAUUAGCCACAAGUGCUUAUGGGGUAAUUAUGGCAGCAUCCUUCCUUGGAAUGGAAGAAGUUGCAGGAGGGGAGGAGUAUGAAUGGCUAAAAGUAAUCCAAAAAUUAUUAAAGCUGGAAAGAUGAUCGGUCGUUUGAUGAAUGACAUUGUGGGCCACGAGGAUGAACAAAAGAGAGGAGACUGCGCAUCCGGUGUUGAAUGCUAUAUGAAACAAUAUGAUGCAUGGGAGAAGAAAGCAAUUGAAGAGAUACAAAAGAUGGACGUUAAUGCGUGGAAGGAUAUCAAUGAAGAUUGCAUGAGGCCAACUAAUGCUCCAAUGCCUCUCCUUCAACAUUUUGUUAAUCUUAUUCGAGUUACAGAUGUUAUUUAUGGGAAUGAUGACGAUGCCUACACAAUUCCAUCAAGUUUAAAAGAUUAUGUCACUUUAUUAUAUAUUGAGCAAGUGCCUCUGUAUGAAUAAUGGUGUAGAAUUCGUACUUUGAGCUCAUGGUGGAACG